GCCCUUGUCUUCUGUUGUUACAUUUAGUGUCGCUGCCUACCGACAAAUGGAAAGCCUAUGCCUUGCUGUUUUUGAUGGAGACAUAUGGAUCUUCGGGCAGGACUUCAAGGCUUCUGCGCAGUUGAGUGGCGUUCAAGACCUGUCAGCGAUGGAGCUGCUACUUGGGACGCUGCUGGGAGGUCGGGUGAAAGCAGCAUAUGAAAGUGUGAGACGAAAUACUGACGAAUGUUCGACAGGGUCAGGCAAACAGUUUCCAAAGUGGGAAGGACCAUACACAAUCACAAAAAGACGGGGUCAAGUAUAUACCAUCCGAAGAGGUGAUAAACAGAAACGAGUUAACGCCAGUCAGCUCCAAAGAUGGGUACAGUGGGACAAGCCGGUCAGUAACAAUCCUCAACUAGAGGAUGUAGCACCCAGAAGGUCGGAACGUCUGCGCACGAAGCUAUUUGACGGGGGGACGAGUGUGGUGAGAGCAGGCUGCUAGCCGAUUGGUUGGCACUAAUCUACGUUAAGGUCUAGGUCACUAAUAUGGGCCGUGAGAAAAUAUGAACAAG